CACCCGCACCACUGCCACACAAAUGCUUCCAAGAUUAGACCCCACAUUCCCUCGUGGGCAGAAUUAUUGCCUCCGAUUCCUUUCCUUUCCUUUCUUCUUACUUUCGCUUAUUUAUUGGCUUUACCACUCACUCCACUCCUUAUUCUCUUCUUUACUUCUUCCUUGACCUACUCCUCUUGUAGCUCUUGUUCUGCUACCAUCUCUCCUGUAUUUGUUUCUACGCUCACCACCACCUCUUGAAGUUACAGAAACCAUGAGGAUGAUGAUAGACUUGGGAAACCAACGAGGUCCACUGCCUAUAAUGGACCCUCCAACCUCCGUAGACUGUGGCAGGGAGGUUCGCUUCCGCAGAUCCUUUAGGUCACUCGUGGAAUGCAUGGUCCCCUGCUGUGGAUUUCAACCAUCCGAUUCCCUUUCCAGCGACACCGACUCUACUCACGGCUCCACUGUAACCGGCACCUUCUUUGGUUACAGAAAGGGUCGCGUUAGUUUUUGCCUCCAGGAGGAUACCCGCAGCUCUCCUCUUUUACUGCUUGAAUUUGCAGUUCCUACGGCUUACCUAGCCAGGGAGAUGCAGUACGGGCUGCUCCGUAUAGCUCUAGAGUGCGACCGACAAAAGGAGAGGUCCAGUUCAUGUUCCCUCUUCAACGUGCCGGUUUGGUCCAUGUACUGCAAUGGAAGGAAGGUUGGAUUUGCCAUCAGGAGGCAGAUGACAGUGAACGAUGUAGGAGUACUGAAGAUGAUGCAAUCGGUCUCCGUAGGUGCGGGCGUUUUACCGGUGGCGCCCAAGUCUGAGGAUGGAGACCUCAUGUAUCUACGCGCCAGUUUCGAACGAGUCAUUGGUUCUGCUGACUCGGAGUCUUUUCACAUGAUUAAUCCGGUUGGGAGUUCUGGGCAAGAACUUAGCAUAUUUCUCUUGAGAUCAUGAAUGGCUGUAGGAACUCUAGUUGAUGAGUUUGAAAUCAAAUUAAUAUUAAUAAAAAAAAAAAGUUGUAUUGUAUAUCAAAAUUUCUUCCUCUUGAUUAUCAAGCUCAUCCUUAUUUGUAUAA